CUGGCCAUGGGGCUCACUCGGGGACAAUUUCGGCUGUUGAUACCACUGCUGCUACUGCUGAUGCCUGAUCUCUGGUUCGGGACAUGCCUGGAGCACAUCAACUAUGUACCCCGACUCUCAAACGCCAACCUGGCGGGAAGGCUCACGCAGUCCACCUUCACCCUGGAGCAGCCUCGGGGUCAGUUCAACCUCCCAAACAUCUCUGACUUUGAUGCCAUCUGGCUGGUGGUGGCCCACAGCAAUGCCACCCAGAACUUCACUGCCCCACAGAGGAUGGAGGAUUUUCCUGCCCCUGCUGACCUACCUCAGAAGGGCUACUACCUUACGCUGAAGGCCAACCGGGUGCUCUACCCAGGUAACCAGGCCCACAACCAGCUCCAAGUCCUCCGAGUGGGCAACGACACUGGUUGCCUCCCAACCAGAAAGGGCUGCAACCACCCCCUACCAGGCCCAGGCCCCUACAGGGUGAAGUUCCUGGUGAUGAGUGAUAACGGGGUGCUUGUGGCGGAGACAGAGUGGUCUAGUGAGACCUGCCUACAGCAAGCGGACAUCCUCCACGCUGUCCCUGGGCCACAGACUGCCAGCACUGUGGUCAUUGUGGCCUUCCUGUCGGUGCUACUGGCCAUACUCUUCACUGUGCUCCUGGCCCUGCUCAUCUACACCUGUUCCAACACCUGCAGGGGCACAACUAUUUCAGGACCCAACGAGUCACUGUACAUGAGGAGAUAUAAUACUCACCACACGUUCGGCCCUCAGCCUCGGAGAACCCCCGAGAGACCCUGA